UUCACAAUCAUAAUCCAUCCAAACAAAACUUCACCAAACGCUCAUUUCAUUUCUCUCUCUCUCUCUUUCUCUCUACAUUUCUUUCUCAGGUUUCUUGUCAGUCAUCUUUUCUGUGAUUUGGGUUUCGGGAGUUUGUUGAGCCAAACGUGGAGUGGAACCUCACCCUAAUCCUCCCCUUUAAGCAAUUCUACUGUUAGGGUUUCCUUAGAUUCCCCACUAAUCUUAGAUUCCAAUCAAUUCAUCUCCAAUUUUCAUCGAUCUUUACCCGCCUACGCCUCCUGAUCUACUACGUCCGAUCAAACCCCUUCCGGCUAAUAUGCUGGAAAUUGCUCGAAGAAAUUUCAGUUUCUCUAUUCUGUGGUCCAAUUUGUUCCCGAUUAUUUGUUCUAGGUAUCACUUUCUGCAAAUUUUAGGUUUUCUCUAUUGAUCGUGUGAUUUGUCAAUAAUUGAGGUACAGAUAGUAUUAGGGUUGUUGCAGCUGAUUUUUGUCGUUUGUAUGUAAAUAUUGGGGAAAUCAUAAUUUUUUUCCCUAAUUUUUAAUUUGGUUCGAAGUUGAGAAUAUGUAUAUUGAAGAAUUGAAGGGAGGAGGGGAAGUAGAAAAUAGGGAGGAGGAGAAUUUUUCUGGUGAUUAUGGAAGCCGGAGGAUUGAUAUUGCUGAUACCAAAAGGGUUUUGGUCGGGGCAGGGGCUCGUGCUCUAUUUUACCCAACUCUGCUUUACAAUGUUGUUAGGAAUAAGUUCCAGGCCGAAUUUCGCUGGUGGGACAGGGUUGAUGAGUUUAUAUUGUUAGGUGCCGUUCCAUUUCCUACUCAUGUUCCCUGCCUGAAGAAGCUUGGAGUUCAUGGAGUUGUUACGCUUAAUGAACCAUAUGAGACCUUGGUUCCCACUUCCCUAUAUCAUCUUCACGGCAUUGACCAUUUGGUUAUUCCAACAAGAGACUACUGUUUCGCACCAUCACUAAGUGAUAUAUACCAUGCUGUAAACUUUAUUCACGAAAAUGCAUUACAUGGGCGCACUACAUAUGUUCACUGUAAGGCUGGUCGGGGACGCAGCACGACUGUCGUUAUUUGUUAUCUGAUUCAACACAGGCAGAUGACACCUGACUCUGCCUAUGCUUAUAUCAAGUCGAUUCGGCCUAGGGUGCUUUUAGCCCCUUCUCAAAGAAAGGCUGUUCAGGAAUACUAUUAUUUGAGGAUGAAAAGUGCUGUUAUCUACAACUACAGCCCCAUGACCAAUCUUAUAAAGAAAGCUCCCAAGUCUGCAACCUCUCAGGACUUGGUUGCAUUUGAUGAUGGUUCUGUGGUAGUGAUAACAAAAUCAGAUCUUGAUGGCUAUGACUCAAGCAUUGAUCUCAAAUCAACUUCUGUGGGAAAUGAGAUAUGGGCAGAUUUCAAUGUGGUUUGCCGUGUUCGAGUUGCUGGGCAAGCAGCUCUGGCGAGAAUCUCAUGCCUAUGGCUUCGUUGCCAUGCCUAUCAGAAUAACACAAGCGAGAAGCUUCACACAGAGAGAAGCUGCUCAAUAAGGACUGACCAUCUUGGAGGUAUCAGUGUGGACAUCCAUGUAUACUGAGAAAAGCUCCCUGUAGUUUGCAUACAUACUGUCAAGUUUUCUGUCUUUUGCAUGUUUUUUCGUCGCACAGAAAAUUGCAUGUAAUGAUGUUUCAUUAAGGGACAACCAAAAGAUGUUGUUUCCAUCCCUGUAAAUGAGUUGUUACAUUGAGUCUCUGGUAUAUAUUUGAGCAUUAUGGUUCGACCAUGGGAAGGGUUCUAGUUAAACGUUUUCGGUACAUAAAUAAAGUCUUGAACUCUUGACAUGGUGUUCAAUGAAUGUAUUUUGUUUUUGUUUCUUUACAAUCUCACAAAUAUAAAUAAUAAUGGAUUUCCUA